AUGAUGAGCAAGCCUUUGAUUUAUCUUUGUUUUGGUAAUGAGCAGGUUCCCCUGGUUCUGGACUGUGAGCUGGACAUUGAUUUAGAAGCGGAGCAGUGGCUUUCGUGGUUGAUUUUCAUCUUUAUUCACAUUGAUAAUUUUUCCAAAUCUGUAGUUCAUCAGGCAGAAGGCAUGGUGGAAUCCGGUGAGUUGUUGGUGGAGUCUGAUGAUGAGAAUGUGGAGAACAACAUGAUCAUUCUGGACGAUGAAAAUAUUGGAGUUGAUGAUCUGAUAGUGCCUGCAGUUGGUAUGAAAUUCAAAGAUGAAACGGAAGUCUUCGACUUUUAUAAAAGAUAUGGUUAUGCCGUUGGUUUCCCAGUUCGGAAACGAAAUUCGAAAAAAGACGACGACGGGGUUUUGAGAUAUGUGACCUUGACAUGUAGUCGUGAAGGUCGUCGAAGUAGUACUACAAGCGGUUCUUUGAAGCCUCAACCAACAAUUCAGACUGAUUGUAAAGCGAGGAUCUCUGCAUCUUUCGAUGUACUUGGUACCUGGAGAAUAAAUACAGUCCACCUUGAGCAUAAUCAUAAAACCAGUCCUUCAAAGUCCAGAUUGUAUCGUUGUAAUAGAGAAUUGAGUGCACAAGUAAAGCGGAGGCUUGAAGUUAAUGAUACGGCAGGAAUUCCAUUGCACAAAAGUUUUAACUCUGCCGUUGUUGAAGCAGGAGAUGCCGUAGCCAUACAGUCCUACUUUUCAGAAAUGCAAGUGCGAUGCUCGGGCUUUUACUUUAGUAUUGAUUUGGACGACGAAUCGCGGUUGAAGAAUGUGUUUUGGGCGGACUAUCGAUGUAGGCAAGCAUAUAGGGAGUUCGGGGAUGUUGUUACGUUCGAUACCACUUACCUCACAAAUAAGUAUGACAUGCCCUUUGCCCCUUUUGUUGGCGUAAACCAUCACUGCCAAUCAACACUGCUUGGAUGUGGUUUGAUAUCGAAUGAGGACACGAACACUUUUGUGUGGCUGUUCAGGACAUGGCUUAAAUGCAUGCAUGGUCAACCUCCGCAUGGAAUAAUUACCGAUCAGGACAGGGCUAUGCAAAAUGCUAUUGAGGUUGUUUUUCCACAUACAAAACACAGGUGGUGUUUAUGGCAUAUUUUGAAGAAAUUACCUGAGAAGUUUGGAUAUCACUGCCAAUCAACACUGCUUGGAUGUGGUUUGAUAUCGAAUGAGGACACGAACACUUUCGUGUGGCUGUUCAGGACAUGGCUUAAAUGCAUGCAUGGUCAACCUCCGCAUGGAAUAAUUACCGAUCAGGACAGGGCUAUGCAAAAUGCUAUUGAGGUUGUUUUUCCACAUACAAAACACAGGUGGUGUUUAUGGCAUAUUUUGAAGAAAUUACCUGAGAAGUUUGGAUAUCACGUGGAUAAGGGUUUGAUAUUCUCGACUAUUCAUGAAUUGGUAUAUGAUUCACAAUUUAUUGAACAAUUUGAACAAGGUUGGAGAGUAAUGAUCGAUACGUUUGAGUUGCAUGACAAUGACUGGUUGUCGGGAUUGUAUGAGAAUAGAGGACGUUGGGUUCCUUGCUACUUCAAAACAACGUUUUGGGCUGGGAUGUCGACAACACAGCGAAGUGAGAGUAUGAACGCCUUCUUUGAUGGUUAUGUGCAUGCCAAGACUUCAUUGAAACAAUUCGUCGAACAGUAUGAAAGAGCACUACGAAAUAAGGUUGAAAAGGAAUUUCAGGCUGAUUUUAAGUCUUUUUCACAGAUGGUACCAUGUGCUACAACAUAUGAAAUGGAAAAGCAAUUUCAGUCAGUCUACACCAUUUCCAAAUUUCGAGAAGUUCAAGCUGAGUUUACGGGAAAAGUGUACUGUGACCUUAUAUCUGCUUCGCAGGGACAUUUUGGGAUGACGUAUGAAGUACGAGAGGAUGUUGUGUGUGGCAAUCGCCGAACCAAAAAGACAUUUCGAGUAGUCCUUCAGAAAGAUACAUGUGACAUUACUUGCAGCUGCCACUUGUUCGAGUUUCGGGGAAUAAUUUGCAGACACACGAUCGCAGUGUUGAUUCGUAAUGAUGUUACCAUACUACCGAGCCGCUACAUAUUGAGGAGAUGGAGGAGAGACGUAAGUAGAGCACAUACGAGGGUACCAGUUAAUUACGCUGGUUUGGUAAGUACUCCUGGGCAAUUGAGGUACGACAAUAUGUGUCAAGCGUUCUCCUCGGUUGCUGACCUUGCAGCAGACGAUGAAGUCCGCUCACGUGCGGUAAUGAAUUGGAUUGAAGUGAUAAAGAAAGAGCUUAUGAUGUCACCUCCAAGUACUGGUAGUAAUAUCUUAUCGCACAAUACUUUUCAGUUACCCUCACAAGGUACUGGAUCGCAAAAUACUGUUGGUGGGAGCAUAGGAGAUCCUAAACAAUCAAAGAAAAAGGGCGCGCCAAAGAAACUUCGAAGGAAAAGCCCGUUGGAGACAUGUUCAAAGAAAACAAAGGUGUCGUCGACUGCAUGCAUAAGACAGAAUAACCCAGCUCAUGAUGCACCAAAAGUUCAGGGCGGUGAGGAAAGUUUUGCAUUUGCACCACAUAUACCAUCGCCCAGUGCGACCCAGUUGGGUAAGACACAUGCUAUGUUAAAUUCUGAUGAUUUUAUGACUAGCCAGUUCCUGGUAGCUUUUCUGGAUUCAACAUAUGCAGACAAGGAUUUUAUUCAAUGA